AGCCUCUCUCCGUGCGCUCUUUCACACCGCUCCGCUCGGGCAGGCUUGACGCACAAGCCCUCACGUAACAACGAAGAGAUCGCAAACAGGUGGACUUAAUUCACCCAAAAACAAAAUAAUAAUAACAAACCAAAAAAAUAAAAAAGAAAGAAAAGAAAACAGCAAAAGGGGAAGGAUUAGGAAGGAAACAAGCGGAAUACAUUUAUUUUUUUUUCUAAAAGUCACUGGAAGUUUUUGGCAUCAUGAGGAUUUUCUUCGUUGCGCUCCUGCUGGUUCAUGCCUUGGCGGUGUCCAGACUGGUCAGCGGCGCUGCCGUCGGCAGGUAUGAGGACGACAAGCAGCAGCACACGUCCGUCAUCAACUUGUCGGACGCAGCCAAAGACAGGAGGGUAGAGGAGGAGAGCAGAGGCGUGGAUGCCACCACAGUGGAUUAUGGGCAGACAGUCGAGGCGGCGGAGUAUGAUGAUGAUGAGUAUUACUAUGAAGACGAGGAUGAGGAGGGCCUGUCUGGAGACUACGACGUGGAAAUACCAAGAGUCGCCAUGUCGAGCAAGCCCAAAGACCCGUCUGGCGUCCUGGAGGCCGAGAGCACCGAAGGAACGAGAAAGAAGGGAAAGGGAAGAAAGAAGGGGAAAGGCAAGGGGAAGAAGAGGAAUCCCUGCCUGAAGAAGUAUAAGGAUUUCUGCAUUCACGGCACCUGCCAGUACCUGAGGGACAUCCGCGCCCCGUCCUGUGUGUGCCACCCAAAUUACUCCGGCGAGAGGUGCGAGUUCAUCACACUGCCCGUCCACGUCACGCCCCCCGGAUACAGCAGGACAACGGCCCUGGCGGUGGUGGCGGUGGUGCUGUCAUCCAUCUGCCUCACCAUCAUAGGACUUUUGUUAAUGCUCAGGUUUCACAAGCGGGGAGCGAACGAUGUCGAGAGUGACGAGAAGGUCAAGCUAGGGUUAGAAUCCAACCACUGAAGAGACAAAGAGAGGAAAAGAUGCAGAAAUUCUACCUCAAAAUAGAAAAAGAGAACCGCAACAGGAGGUCCGAGGCGAGACAUGAACGUACGUGAAGAAGGGAACGGAAGGUGUCCUGCCCGGCGUUCUGCCAGACGUUCAGAUAAAAGAGCGGGCAGCUGAACGUAUUCCCGGUGGCCUCGGAAGAAGAAGAAGAAGAAGACGGCCUGACUGGAACUGGAAUACUAAAGAAAAAACACAAAAAAACAAGAAAAAUAAAAUUAAAAUAAAAAUAAAAACCAAAGGCCCAGAGGAUGGACUGGAGAUGGGAAGAGCGUUUGGGCGGCGAGCACGAAGGGACGAGAAGGCGGAAACAUGUCUACACUCUGCGCUGCUUCUUGACUGUGUGAAAAGAAAAGGAACUGAAAUUCUCAAUCGGGAUUUUUGAUUUUCUCUCCCAACAGACAGCAUUUUAUAUCGCCCUGCACAAGGCCAUUUUUUGUUGUUUUGUUUUUUGUUUUUUUCGUUUUUUUUUUUUGUGUGUGUGUAUAUUGUCAACAAUAUAUUUAUAAUUUUAAUUUAUUUAUUUAUGUUAACUAUAUUUAUGGAGAUUUUUAACCACCUUGUGCAGUUUUUAAAAUAAUAAUGUUACAACUGUUUUUUGUAUUUCUUAUUGGACAAUAUUUAUUUAUGAAACAUAAAAUCAGACAUUGCAGACGCUCCGAGUAAUUUCGCGAGGAGAAGCUGCAAUGCGUAAAUAUCUGACUUUUGACUCCAAUCUAGGCACUCACUAGAUGAUCAAUAGCACUGUGAUUAAUAAAUUGAUCAUUGAAUAGACUGUUUUUUUUUUUUUUUUAAUUAUUGACGAUAGUUUUAAACGAGAGCGAGGCUUUUUAGUAGCGGCCUGCUCACACUCACACAUUUACAAAUACUCACGCCGGCUUCAGCAGCUGUGGGUUCACGGCUCAUCAGUAUUGGUAAUGAGGGACGCGGGCCAGCCCUCGCUCUUCCAUUUUUUUCCCCACCCGACCUUAUCCUGCAGGUUCGGGGGAUGUUCAGGCCACGUUAGCCUUCGCGUCCUGCCUCAGAUUUAAGGUGACGCAUCGACAUACUUGUAAGGUCAUCGCAUCACGGUGCGCCGGCUUCUUCGUAUUGAUGAGCUCUCGGCAUGUGUAUUGCUAAGAAUCUUUUUUUUUUAAAAAAAAACAAAAAACAAAAAAAAAAAGGGAGUCAAAAAUCAAAUGCACUGUAAGCAAGGAUUGGUUAUAAACUCGUUGUCAUGUCUUACCAUCAUUAGAGGAGAAAUGUUAAGCUGUCAAAGGAAGAAAUAAAUGUGAAUUCAAGUGUUCUGCCCUUUCAAAUCCUGCCUUGCAGUUUUUUGAAGUGAUUUAUAAUUGUGAUUUUUUUUCAGAGCAGAAUAAAAAAAGAAAAAGAAAGAAA